CCAAGUCUUAACUGUCGACAAGCAUAAUGGGGAGGUAAAAGAAGAGCGGGUUCUUCGGUCAAUAUUCACUAAACUCAUGUCAGUAGAUAAGAAGACGAUUUCCAAAUCACUGUCCAAACUGAUUACUCGUCUAAAUAGUGAAAAAGAGACAAGGCAGUUAACUGAUAAGGAAGAACUAGUGUUGAAGCUCGAGAAGCAGUAUCCGGAUGAUGUUGGAGUAUUAGCGGCUGUCCUCCUUAAUCAUGUGAAGCUGAAUCCCGGUGAAGCUUUGUAUAUAGCAGCAAACGAACCUCACGCGUAUUUGAAUGGUGAGUGUGUUGAGUGCAUGGCUGCUUCAGACAACGUCGUUCGUGCAGGCCUCACUCCAAAGUACAUUGAUGUAGAAACCCUUUGUUCCAUGCUCACAUAUAAGCAGGGGUUACCUGAAAUCUUGAAAGGUGUUCCUUUGAAUCCGUAUACGAGAAGGUACACCCCGCCUUUUGAGGAAUUCGAGGUUGAUCGUUGUAUGCUCGACGAAGGAGCGACGAUUGUCUUUCCUCCACUUCCGGGUCCAUCCAUUUUCGUGGUUAUAUCAGGAGAAGGAUCAAUGCACACAUUAUCGUCUGAAGAUAGAGUGUCGGAAGGAAGUGCCUUAUUUGCACCUGCAGAGACCGAGGUYCGUAUAACUACAGAAUCAACUUUGCACUUGUAUAGAGCCGGAGUGAACAACAAGGUGCUUAUGAACCCUUGACAUUGCUCUAUAUAUGUUCCGUUAUGAGGGUUGAUCAAGAACAUCUAAACAACUGCUCUACUCUCUGGGACAAAGAUCAGGUAUGUGUCGUUAUAUGUCUUGUGAUAGUAAUAUAUGACGUGUACAUGGUCCAAUAAUUAUACAUGGCGUACAAUAAUUACAAAAUAAGAGUUAUAUAAUGGUUAUUCUUUUUGUAAAAUUCAUCGGUACUGGUUAUUUUUGUGUGGACGUAACAUGUAGUUUGAUAACAUUUGAUCACAUGGUAAUUACCAAGCUAUGGUUUUACAACUUACCAGUUUCUUGGGGC